AGAAGUUUAAUAUUUUGUUAACUAGUCAAGUUUAAUAUGCCAUUGUUAACUGGACAACGCAGGCAGAUGUUGACAAUAGUGGUACCAUUGACUACGGAGAGUUCGUAGCAGCCAUGCUCAAUAUGAACAAGGUCUUAAAAGAGGAUCACCUGUACGCUGCAUUCGCGUAUUUUGACAAAGAUGGAAGUGGGUACAUCACACAUGACGAGCUCCAACAAGCUUGUGACAAGUUUGGUUUGACUGAUGUCCGCAUUGAAGAAAUCAUACAUGAAGUUGAUCAAGACAAUGAUGGACGCAUAGACUAUAACGAGUUUGUAGCUAUGAUGCAAGAUAGGGCUUUGGGUUGAUGGGAUUGCAAGUCUGUAGUGUAAAACAAUGCGGGUUAGCUAGCUAGCUAGGAUAAAAACUUGCCCUCAAGAUUUUUGACAUUUUUGGUUUAUUUAUAAAUGGCAUUUGAUGGAAGUGAAUGGCAGGUUAUUUUUCACUGCUGGUCUGCAAGAUAAGAGAUUAGGCUAGCCAGUAACUUCUGAUGGU